GUGAAUACAAUAGAAACGGGCGGCUGCAUGGGAGCACUUUGAUUUAAACGUAACGGAAUUUUAUCAUCUGGGAGUCCGCGGUUCAGUUAUUCUCUGCCGGCUUCAGGAUGAUGAAGUUUAGGUUUAGGAGGCAGGGGAACGACCCCCAAAGAGAGAAAAUCAAGCAGGAGCUGUUUGCAUUUAAUAAGACUGUGGAGCAUGGAUUCCCCAACCAGCCCAGCGCCUUGGCUUACGAUCCCAAGCUUCAGCUCAUGGCCAUCGGCACCAAGUCUGGAGCCAUCAAAGUCUAUGGGGCCCCUGGAGUGGAGUUCACUGGUCUGCACAAAGACACCGCCACAGUCACACAGAUCCACUUCCUCUACGGUCAGGGCCGUAUUCUCUCCCUGCUGGAUGACAACAGCCUACACCUGUGGGAGAUCAACCUGAAGGAUGGCUACUCUCACCUGGAGGAGAUCCACAGCUACACGCUCCCCGGGCGGCCAGGCAUCGAGAGCACCAGUGCGACGCGUGUGACGGUGCUGCUGCUGAAGCUGAGCUGUGAGCUGCUGUGUGUGGGUACUGAGGGGGGAGGGGUCCACUUCCUGGAGCUGCCCGGCCUCACGCUGCUGGACAAGUCCCUGCUACAGGAGGAGGUGCUGCAGAGCGUUCCGGAGGACUACAAACACGGGAAGUCGCUGGGCCCCGUGGAGUCCCUGCAGGAGCAUCCUCGCCUGCAGGACAAGAUCCUGAUUGGCUACAGCAGGGGCCUGGUGCUGCUGUGGGACAUGGACACGCGGCACGCCGACAACGUCUUCCUGGGAAAACAGCAGCUGGAGAGCUUGGUGUGGGAACGGAGCGCCAGCACGUUUGUCAGUUCCCAUAGUGACGGGGGCUACAUGGUGUGGCCCGUGAGCAGCGACGCCCCCUGCACCACUCAGCCAGCCACCGCCACCAUACCCUACGGUCCAUUCCCCUGCAAAGCUGUGAACAAGAUCCUCUGGAGAACAACGGAAUCUGGGGCUCCUCUAGUGCUGUUCAGCGGCGGCAUGCCCCGUGCCAGCUACGGAGACCGCCACUGUCUGACCAUCCUGCAGGACAGCACGCACGUCACCCUCGACUUCACCUCACGAGUCAUCGACUUCUUCACCAUCCACUGCAUAGAUCCACAGAAAGAGUUCGAUGACCCCACGGCCGUGGUCGUCCUGCUGGAGGAGGAGCUGGUGGUGAUUGACCUUUUGACCCCCGGCUGGCCCACGGUCCCCUCGCCGUACCUGGCACCGCUGCACUCCUCUGCCAUCACGUGCUCCUGCCACACCUCCAACGUGCCCACCCGCCUCUGGGAGCGCAUUGUCAGCGCCGGGCUCCAGCAGCAGGGGCAGCAGCAGACACACGUGAGCUGGCCAAUAUGCGGAGGCAAGAGCCUGGCGCCAGAGCCCAAACAGAAGGAGCUGCUGCUGACAGGUCACGAGGAUGGCACGGUGCGUUUCUGGGAUGCCUCGGGGGUGUCUCUGAGGCCCCUGUAUAAGCUGAGCACGGCCAACGUCUUCCAGACGGACUGCGAGCACAACGACAGCCUGACUCAGGCUGGAGAAGAGGAGUGGCCCCCCUUCAGGAAGGUGGGCUGCUUCGAUCCCUACAGUGAUGACCCCAGGUUGGGUAUCCAGAAGAUAUGCUUGUGUAAAUACAGUGGAAAGCUGGUGGUAGCUGGAACUGCUGGACAGGUCAUGGUAAUGAACUUGAGUGAGGAGAAGUCGGAGCACAUGGUUGACGUGGCGACGGUGGACCUCCUGCAGGACCGCGAGGGUUUCACGUGGAAGGGUCACGACCGGCUGCCCCCCAAGACGGGCCCGGUGGUCUUCGCCCCGGGCUACCAGCCCACCGUCCUGGCCCAGUGCAUGCCCCCCGCCGCGGUCACUGCCGUCACGCUGCACGCCGAGUGGAACCUCAUCGCCUUCGGGACCAGCCACGGCUUCGGCCUCUUUGAUUACCACCGCCGCAGUCCGGUGCUGGCCAGAUGCACACUGCACCCCAACGACUCGCUGGCUAUGGAGGGACCCCUGUCUCGGGUGAAGUCUCUCAAGAAGUCUCUGCGGCAGUCCUUCAGGAGGAUCCGGAAGAGUAGGGUCUCCGGGAAGAAACGCAUGGUUGUCAACAGUCCCGCCAGUAAAGUGCAAGAGGCCAACGCCCACCUAGCGGAGCAGGACGACAUAGCCCCAGUGCAGCGGAGGAUCGAGCCGCGCUCCGCAGACGACUCCCUGUCAGGGGUGGUGCGAUGCCUCUGCUUCGCCGACACCUACCUCAGAGACGGCACCCACCACGGCCCCACCAUGUGGGCGGGCACCAACUCGGGCUCGGUGUACGCGUACGCGCUGGAGGUGCCGCCGCAGGAGCGCUUCUCGGAGCAGAGCGUGGAGGCCCUGCUGGGCAAGGAGAUCCAGCUGAUGCACCGCGCCCCCGUGGUCUCCAUCGCCGUGCUGGACGGCCGGGGCAACCCACUGCCCGAGCCCUACGAGGUGUCCCGCGACCUGGCUAAGGCCCCCGACAUGCAGGGCAGCCACUCGGUGCUCAUCGCCUCCGAGGAGCAGUUCAAGGUGUUCAUGCUUCCCAAGGUGAGUGCCAAGACCAAGUUCAAGCUGACUGCACAUGAGGGCUGCCGGGUGCGGAAGGUGGCGUUGGCCAACUUCGGCAGCACAGCGUCAGACGACUACGCGGAGAACGGCCUGGUGUGCCUGACCAACCUGGGUGACAUCCACGUGUUCAGCGUGCCAGCGCUGCGGCCGCAGGUGCGAUACGACUGUAUACGCAAAGAGGACAUCAGCGGCAUCGCAUCCUGCGUCUUCACCAAGACCGGACAGGGAUUCUACUUGAUCUCUCCCUCGGAGUAUGAGCGUUUCUCGUUGUCUGCCCGUGUCAUAACGGAACCACUGUGCCAGGUGGAAGUGGAUCGACCUCAUGAUUCCGCCACCCUCAGUGACCCUACAACAGCUCCACCUCACGCCAACGGCACUCACAAGAAGACCACUGGAGAACUCAAGUCUUUAGCAGAGGCAGAAGUUGAUGAACUGCAACAUGCUCUCCACUCCACAGCGCUGGACUCCCCCAACAGCAGUGCUGACCUCACCCUGGACACCACGGGGGAGCUCACGGUGGAGGACGUCAAGGACUUCUUAGUGACGGUAGACGAGGCGGAGAACAACCGGAGAAACAUCACGGAGGAGGACGGACGGCCUCCUGGAAUCCUCAUCAACUGAGUGAGAAGCAAAGCCUCCAGAAUUGUCGUUUUGGGACGGAGCGGCCUCAAUGGAGUUUCCAGCAAUAUUCCGAAUUGGAGCUAACCUGAAAGAAAGAAAGGAAAAAAAAAACACAACAAAAAAACACAAACAUGACCAGAGGCAUGGAUUUGCACACACACGUGUGUCCACAAAAGGGCUGCAAGGAACGUAGAUGGACAUAUGGCUGGAUGAGGCUCUCUGCUUUGGGCCAAGACACUGUCCACACACUACAACCCAGCCAUGCUGCAGCAAGCCCCUCGCUCUCAUCUCAUCUCAUCUCUACUUUACCUACUCAAAGCAGAAAGACUUACAACUGCCUAUCAGAUUGGUCACAAUGGAACUGACUGCACCAAUAAUUGCACAAGGUGAAGAGAGUCCAGCCGUAGGUGGCUAGCCAGAGUGCCUGCGUUGACUGAUGACUGACUGACUGACUGACCACCCUUUCAAAAUGUGUUGUUUUUGUUUGUUUUUAAACAUUCCGUAGUCCUGGGUAAUGGCACCCCACCACCCCUCUUCGCCCUCCAAGCCCCUCCCCUUCCCCCCAAGCCACUCUCCCCUCACUGUGCUUUGACAAGGAAAUGAACUGUGGCCUGUAUGAGAUGUUUACUCCCCCUCCAUCUCGAUAAGACUGCUCUUGGAUGAUUCGUUUCUAGCUUGUGUUUUUGUGUUUUCUUUUCCUUUUUCUUCUGUCUCUGUGGUAACUGUGGUGGCGUCUGACUUGGUUUUGGACAGCCACCAGUGGCCUGUGGUUACGGACCCUGUGGGUUUCAUCAAGAUGGUUGACUUAUUUUUCUUUU